ACUUGCAGAACAGCCACCUCACCCAUGAGUGAUCUCACUGUGGGAACAGGUACUCUCAACUGGCCACAGCAGCUCCCAGGGGGCGGAGGUUUGGGAGGAGGGUUUUGCAGAGGAAGGGACCGGCAGGCAAGGCAGAUGCAAAACAGCUACUUCAGAAAUGUGUCAAAGAAAAGUGAAAACGCGACCGAGCUGUAAAUGAAGAGAGAAGGGAGAGGGAAAAAGAAGAAGAAGAAAGCAAGAAAGAAAAGAAAAAGAACUGUUGGCUGCUGAUGAGAAGUGUGUCUACCAGGAGGAUGAGGUUGGAGCCCGCAGGAGACGUGAGUUAACUGGAUCGAGGCUCUGAUCUCAUUUUUCCAAAGACGUUUUGCUCAUUUCCUGCUUCUGAACGAUGGGCUCUUGGAAGUACUGUCUUUUUAGUGUGUCUCUUAUCACUGCCCUGGUUUUUGUAUGUGUUUACAACAAUAAGUUAUGGGAGAACACGCACUUUCUGAAGGCUGCCCCCAUCAACAACUCGAUGCUGGCUGAAGUCUGUCUCCAGAUGUUGAAGGAGGAGGUGUUCUACCCAGUAGAGACUGUAUUGAAAACUACCUUCCGUGAAUCUACCUGCUACGAGUACAGAGUUCAGAGUCAUUAUAUAACAGAAACACUCUCUCAGGAAGAAGCUGACUUCCCUCUGGCAUUCACCCUGACCAUCCACAAAGACUUUGACACUUUUGAGAGGCUCUUCAGGGCCAUUUACAUGCCCCAAAACGUCUACUGUGUGCACGUGGACCAGAAGGCAACAGUUGCAUUUAAGGAUGCGGUGAAACAAUUACUGAGCUGCUUCCCAAAUGCUUUUCUGGCUUCUAAGAUAGAACCUGUGGUCUAUGGUGGGAUUUCCAGGCUCCAGGCGGAUAUCAACUGCAUGAAGGACCUGGUGGCCUCUGCCGUGCCCUGGAAGUAUGUCCUCAACACCUGUGGGCAAGAUUUUCCCCUGAAAACCAACAAGGAAAUAAUUCAGUAUCUGAAAGGAUUUAUAGGGAAGAACCUUACCCCAGGGGUGCUGCCGCCAGCUCACGCAAUUGGACGGACUAAGUAUGUCCACCAAGAAUUAUUGAACAGCAAAAACUCCUACGUGCACAAAACAGGGAAAUUAAAAUCUCCUCCUCCUCACAAUAUGACCAUCUACUUUGGCACUGCCUAUGUGGCCCUCACAAGGGAAUUUGCUAACUUUGUUCUCCAAGACCAGCAAGCACUGGACUUGCUCUCCUGGUCCAGGGACACCUACAGUCCUGAUGAACAUUUCUGGGUGACUCUCAAUAGGAUUCCUGGUUUCCAGGAAAUGGAUGGAAGCUCUUGCCCUGGAACUCCAGACUUCUCUCAGUCAUGGCCUAUCAUCUUUCUCCUUAGCAGAUUGAAAAGAUCAGACUGAACUGAAAAUACCGGAGAGUAAAACUUGGAUCUCUCCUGAGUAAGCUGGAGACCCUCGGGUCAUCCUGAGGAUUCAGCUUCGUGCCCUGAUGGGUCAGUCCCCUCUUCUGGCCAUUUCCUGUUUCCUCUCUUUAGCUAGCUCCUUCCUGAGCCCCAAUCCUCACCUCACUUCCGCUUCAUUGAGAUCCUGUCAUUCUGUCCUGGGUCACAGUCUGAACUCUCUGGGGAUCUAGGAAGGAAGGCAUUCUGCCUUGGACUCCCCAUCUCGGGUGCUCCAUGGGAACAGUGCCUUCCGGGAGACCCUGCCGUCUAGGUGUUGGGCCAUCUCCCGGAGAGAAGGAACACCUCCCUGUCUGGUGUCUCCUCUCCAUCCUCCACUCCAUCACCCAGGCUUCUUGAUUUUUCUCUGGUUUGUUAUCCUACCACUUUUUGGACUUUCCCUGGCAAUCACUCAACCUAAACCAAGCUUCCCAAUUAUAACUUUCCCAUAAAACAGUCCCCUCUUUAUGCUGAAUCUGGAAUAACCGCAGAAUUUAGAGUCAAAAGAGAACGUGGAGACCAUCCCAUCCCAAUCCCAAAAUUAUACAAAUUUAGAAAUUGCAA